UCAUUUUAUUGGUUCUAUGGAAAGCAUAUAAAAGUUGACCAUAAGCAGCCUAAUUGCCUCAUUAAUCAUCACACCUCUACUUACCAUUACUAUUUUUCCUCCUUUCAACGAUUCCUUUUCCAAACUUUUCAAUCCCUCAAUUACGUUUAUCAAAGGUGAUUUGAUACUGUAUACGGACUUGGUGCAACUUCAAUGUCUUCAGCAAUUUCGCCUCAGUGGCAAGAGAAAGCUAGUGGAUUCUUUCAAUCUUCGGGGGUGAAGUUGAAAGAAGCAGGGCAGUCUGCAGGAUCAUUUGUUGGUGACGUUGCCAAAGAUGCAAAGGGAAAUGUUGGCGAGGUUGCGGAUAAAGUUGGAUCAGUAGUCAAAAGUCGAUGGUCGAUCUUACAGCAGCCAUCAACAAGACAUGCCAUGCAGGAGCGCUUCAUUUCUGCGGCUGCUACAACUAGCUUCUUCUUGAGGAAGGGGUUUUUGGAGACAAAAGAUAAGGUUGCUGUUGGAAAGACAAAAGUUGAGGAGGUGGCGAAGAAAACUGCACAAAAAAGCAAGACUUUGCUGACUGAUAUCGAGCGGUGGCAGAAGGGAGUUGCCAGCACUGAUGUGUUUGGAGUGCCCAUCGAUAUCCUUGUGCAGAGGCAACAAUCAACUAGACCCGUUCCUUAUAUCAUGGUGAAAUGUGCGGAUUAUCUUGUCUUAUCAGGGCUGAAUUCACCUGAGCUGUUCAAAGCUGAAGGAGAUAAAAAGGUCAUACUUCAAUUGGUUUCUUUCUACAAUCAAGAUCAAAAUGCACCAAUACCUGAGGGGGUAAAUCCGGUAGAUAUUGCAGCUCUGAUGAAGUGCUACCUUGCGAGUCUACCUGAGCCAUUGACAACCUUCGAGCUUUAUAAUGAAAUAAGAGGUGCUCGCUCAAGCAUACACACAAUGAAGAAUACCCUAAAGAAGCUUCCAACUGUCAAUUACAUGACACUGGAAUUGAUCACCGCACUGCUACUCCGUGUAAGCCAGAAAUCACUGGUUAACAAGAUGGAUGCUAGGACUCUUGCAAUGGAAAUGGCUCCAAUCCUUAUUUGGCAAAGAGGACAGAGUCCACGCCAGUAUGACCAGUUCUGGAACCAUUCAGCAAAAACUUCUUCAAAGAAAUAUAUGGACUCGAACUCUAAUUCUGGUGCAUGGGAGAUGCUUGAAGAUGUGUAUCAGGAACAUCAUACACUGUCCUGCUAAAAUGAGCGGUGGAAAGAGGUUAUGCAAAGAGAUCGACUUCAGCUGUGUGCUAUACUGCUAUUUAGCUUGUUUUGUAUUUCAAAGAAAUAUUUCUACAACUGUGCAAAGGAGACCUGUAACUUUUAGUGUACAUUCUCUAUUGAAAUAUGUAUAGCCCUUUGAACAGCCUAUUUCCCAAAGAUUUGUGGUUUCUGAAGACACCCAGGGCAGAAUAUGUUGUUUUAUGUUCCUUUUCAUUUCUCUUUUGGAUGGAUUGGUGGAGGCCACUUCUUACAAUUGUUGAUGUAAAGAGUUUAAGAGUAGCUAAAGAAUUGCUUUUUAAUCCCCUGGUUUUCUGCCACAAAUUUAAGCCAGAACAACUAACGGCUUGAAUUAGUUUUUUGACUGGAAAGUCAUUGUGCAGAUGGAAAAAUCAAAUAAUUUUCAGUUUUAAUCAAAUUAAGUUAUUUUUUUGAGA